UGGGUGGGGUGAUGCUUCUCAUGGCUACAUAUAGACAUUCACCUUCCACCCUUGCGUUUCGCUGUCCCAGAGUAGAGCUCCAACGCAGGCGGACAACAUGGGGAAAGGUUUCUUCCUCAGUAAAACUACUGGGAUAGUGUGUAUCAUCCUAGGUGUAGGGGCCGUGGCUACUAUUAUUGCCCUGUCAGUUGUUUACUCCCAGGAAAAGGCUAAAAAUACUGAGGUAUCGCCAACGGAUGGAGGAACAACAUCAAAACCUCCAGUGACAACCUCUGCCCCGUCCAAUUUACCCUGGGACAAGUAUCGGCUACCCAAGAGCCUGGUGCCUCACCACUACACCGUAACUCUGUGGCCACGACUCACUCCAGAUCCCACAACAAAACUCUACAUCUUCACUGGUGAGUCCACUGUGGAGUUUGAAUGUGUUGAGGACACCAACCUGAUUCUUAUCCACUCCAAUAAGCUGAACUACACUGAACAGGGUAAUGGCCAUUUUGCAUCACUCAAAUCAGCCAGUGGAGGCAAGGUCCCAUCUAUCAAGGAUGCCUGGACCAAGGCUGACACGCAGUACCUGGUGGUGGAGCUGGAUGGUAAUCUGAUGAAGGGCCAAAAGUACCAACUCUACACCAUAUUUACUGGAGAGCUGGCUGAUGACCUGGGAGGUUUCUACAGGAGUGAGUACAUGGAGGGUGGUGUGAAAAAGGUUGUCGCUACGACUCAGAUGCAGCCAACAGAUGCCAGGAAGGCUUUCCCUUGUUUUGACGAGCCUGCUAUGAAAGCCAUUUUCGACAUCACUCUGAACCAUGACAUUGGAACUGUCGCUCUGUCCAACGGAGCUCAAAAAAGUUCAGGAGAAGUCACAAUUGGCGGCAAAACAUUGCAGCAGACAGUCUUUAACUCAACUGAGAAGAUGUCCACCUACUUGUUGGCGUUCAUCGUCAGUGACUUUGCUUUCAUCCAAAACACCGUUGAUGGAGUGUUGAUCCGCAUCUUUGCCCGAAAGCCUGCUAUUGCUGCUGGACAAGGAGCAUAUGCCCUUACCAAAACCGGACCCAUCCUGAAGUUCUUUGAGGAAUAUUAUAACUCCACAUACCCACUGCCAAAGUCUGAUCAGAUUGCUCUUCCUGACUUCAAUGCUGGAGCCAUGGAGAACUGGGGUCUGAUCACAUACAGAGAGACAGCACUGCUCUACGAUGAGGCAUUCUCAUCCAACUCCAACAAAGAGAGGAUCGCCACCAUUAUUGCUCAUGAACUGGCUCACAUGUGGUUUGGUAAUCUGGUGACUCUGAGGUGGUGGAAUGACUUAUGGCUGAAUGAAGGUUUUGCGUCCUAUGUUGAGUACCUUGGAGCAGAUAAGGCUGAACCUACCUGGAACGUGAAAGACCUCAUCGUGCUCAAUGACGUCCACAGGGUGUUUGCUGUGGAUGCUCUGGCAUCUUCUCACCCUCUGUCCUCGAAAGAAGAGGACAUUCAGAAACCAGAACAGAUUAGUGAGCUGUUCGAUGCCAUCUCAUACAGCAAGGGAGCGUCUGUUCUGAGGAUGUUGUCUGAUUUCCUGACUGAAGAAGUCUUCAAAAAGGGACUCCAGACCUACCUGAAUGAAUUUCAGUUUGGGAACGCAGUCUACACAGAUCUAUGGAACCAUCUGGAGGCGGCUGCAAAUCAGAGUAGCGUUCGGCCUCCUAAAUCUGUCCAUGAAAUCAUGAACACCUGGGUGCUGCAAAUGGGCUUUCCUGUGGUUACCAUUGAUACCACCACUGGGGCUGUAACCCAGAAGCACUUUCUCCUGGAUCCUGAUUCUAAUGUCACCACUCCAUCCGAUUUCAACUAUGAGUGGAUCGUCCCCAUCAGGUGGCUGAAGACUGGAGCAGUUCAGGACCUUACAUGGCUCGAUGUCAAAUCAAAACCAUUCGUAGAGAUGAAGACAACAGGAAAUGACUGGGUGCUCGUCAAUCACAACGUUGUGGGUUACUACAGAGUCAACUAUGACGAAGGCAACUGGAAUAAACUCCUAACGACUCUGAGCACCAAACACGGGGAUAUUCCAGUCAUCAACAGAGCCCAACUGAUCGAUGAUGCCUUCAACAUGGCCAGGGCAAAGAUUAUUUCUACAGUGCUGGCCCUCAAAACAACUAAAUAUCUGGUCAACGAGAGGGACUAUAUGCCAUGGGAUUCAGCCAUAGACAACCUGGACUUCUUCUACCUCAUGUUUGACCGCAGUGAGGUUUAUGGUGCCAUGCAGGCAUAUCUGAAGAAACAGGUAACCCCUCUGUUUCAAUACUACGAGACACAAACUGGAAACUGGACGAAUAUACCCGAAGGACACAUGGACCAGUACAACCAGGUGAAUGCCAUCAGCAUGGCUUGCAAGUCAGGCCUUGAGGAAUGCCAAACUCUGGCCACAACAUGGUUCAAGGAAUGGAUGGACACUAAGAACAACUCGAUCCACCCCAACCUGCGAUCCACAGUGUACUGCAACGCCAUUGCAGCAGGUGGCGCUGACGAGUGGGAGUUUGCUUGGACCGAGUUUGAGAAAGCCAGCAUUGCCACUGAAGCUGAAAAAAUCCGCUAUGCCCUGUCUUGCACAAAGCAGCCCUGGCUUCUCAACAGGUAUCUGGAGUACACUCUGGAUGCAAACAAGAUCCGAAAGCAGGAUGCCACUUCCACAAUUGUCUACAUUGCUGGCAAUGUUGUUGGUCAGUCUCUGGCCUGGGACUUUGUCAGAGCUCGCUGGACAUAUAUUUUCACUCAGUAUGGUGGUGGAUCCUUCUCCUUCUCCAACCUUAUCAACGGAGUCACCGAGCGCUUUUCCACUGAGUACGAGCUUCAACAGCUUAAGCAGUUCAAGAUAGACAAUGCAGAGACUGGUUUCGGCUCGGGGACUCUGGCAGUGGAUCAGUCCAUCGAGAGAACCAUCGCCAACAUGAAAUGGAUCGCAGAUAACAAACAGAUCGUUCACGAUUGGUUCAUAGCUGAAGUUAAACCCUGAAGAGACAUCUGUACAGCUGUAGCUCUGUAAUUACUUACAAUGUAAGUAAUUAAAAUGUAAUUUAAGAAUGAUCUUUAUUUUCACCAAGAUAAAUUGUGUUUGGAGAAAGGGAGAAUUCAAUACAACAGCAGAAGUAGUAGUAGUGUAUGGCACUAAGAACUUUUUUCAUCUUACGAAAAAUAGGAUAGAAAUUUGCUUGCUGAAACGUUUUUGUAUCUGAGUACAGAAAAGAUAAGCUCAUUUAUAAGUUAUCCCCAAACUUUGAAUUCAGAAUGAAUAAUUGUUAUAAAAAGUUUUAUAUUUAAAGUUAGCGGAGAAGGCUUUUCUCAAGAUUUUUUUAUUUCCAUGAUGUUUUUAAAAUAACUUAUUUCAUUGCUUUAAUGACAAACUAUAUUUUUAGAUGCCACCUUUAGGAAAUAUUUGAAAGCACAUUUCAACAACAGAAGUAUUUUGAGUAAAUUUAAAUUAGAAUACUAAGUGCCUUGUUCGUGUGCAACAAAUGUUAUUAAGGGAUAGCCCUAUCAUUAAAUAAUCAUGACAUCAUGACUAUAAACACAAUUGUUAGUAUCAGGUUACUAAACAUAGAAAAAACUGCAGUUUUGGACUGUUGCUUUAACUAUUUUAGAUCACCCAAAAUGUCACUGAUAUGUGUACCAACAAACUUGAGUACAAAAUAAUCAACUGUAAAUUUGAACUGUGAAAUGAAAUGCAUUCCUUUAUUUAUUGUUUAGAUUCUGAAAAAGCUUUAUUCUUCUUUUCUGGUUAUGAAGCUGCAUGAUAUGAACAUCACAAGUCAGGCUGAGCCAGUGGUUUUAUUCCUGACUACACCUUUAAUAGGUGUUUCACAUACAUCUGGGAAAAAGAGUGGCUAAAUACCAUACUGCAAAAUAAUGCUUUACACUACAUUCUAAUGCACUACUGUUCAAAUAUCUGCAAAUAUCAAAUACAAAUUAACUAAAGAUAUGCAAAUAUCUUCAUAUGUCUGCAGGUUACUUCUGCUAAAACACAUUUACGACCGAACACACAGUGAUUAACACCUUGUGUAGAAAAUGAACAUUAUAACAUACCUUGGGCAUGAACUGUUUUCCAUUUUAAGAACAAAAUAAAGACAUUGGAUUUAAA